AUGGCUCGUAUGAAAGUUUUAAAUGUAGCUGAGAAACCUUCUGUUGCUUCGUCCAUAGCAGAAAUAUUAAGUAAAGGAAAUCAACAUAAAAAAAAAAGUUAUAGUAAAUAUAAUCCAGUUUUUACAUUUGAAUAUAAAAUAAAGAAUGACAUUUGGUUUAUGAACGUAACAUCGGUUACUGGCCAUUUAACAGAACAGAAGUUUGAAGAUAAAUACAAAAACUGGAGUAAUACUGAUCCUCAGGAAUUAUUCGAUGCAAAAAUAAUAACAUAUGUUGAAAAUGACAAGAAAGCUAUUGAAAAUAAUUUGAAAAAAUAUUCGAAGGAUUGCCAUAUGUUAGUGUUAUGGUUAGAUUGUGAUAGAGAAGGAGAACAUAUUUGUUUUGAAGUUAUAAACACUUGUUAUAAAACUAAUAAAAAGUUAAAAAUAAAAAGAGCACAAUUUUCUGCUGUUACUGAAAAAGAUAUUAUUUAUGCUAUAAAUAAUUUAAAAGAACCAAAUAGAAAUUUAGCUUAUAGUGUAGAUGUAAGAAGAGAAAUAGACUUAAGAAUGGGUUCGAUCUUUACGAGAUUUAUGACUAUUAGAUAUAUAGAAUUAGUAAGAAAUGAAACAAAUAUUAUUAGUUAUGGGCCAUGUCAAUUUCCUACUUUAGGUUUUGUAGUUAAUAGGUAUUUAGAUAUAAAAAAUUUUAAAAAUGAAUAUUUUUGGUAUAUUAAAAUGCAAUAUUUAUAUGAUGAAGAUGAUAAUAACAAUAUCACACAUAAAAAAAAAAAAAGUAAAAAAAAAGAAAAAAAUAUGAAUAAUUCUAAUAUUAUAGAUUUUACAUGGUCUAGAAUAAAAUUAUUUGAUCAUUUAUAUGUUGUUCUUAUAUAUGAAAAGCUAUUAAAAAAUCCUUUAUGUAGAAUCACCAAUAUUUAUGAAAAAGAAACAAAAAAGCAUCGCCCUUUUCCUCUAAAUACUUUACAAAUGACUAAACUAGUUUCAAAAUUUUUUCAUAUUUCUUCAAAAGAAUGCAUGAAUAUAGCAGAAAAAUUAUACAAUAAGGGAUAUAUUAGUUAUCCAAGAACAGAAACAAAUUAUUUUAAUGACAAUAUGGAUUUACUAAAAAUAGUUAAUGAAUUAAGUAAAAACAACCUUUUUGGAUGGUAUGCUAGUAAAUUAACUCAAGAUAAUAAUUUUAAAGAACCUAGAAAAGGAAAAUUAAAUGAUAAAGCACAUCCUCCUAUACACCCGGUUAAGAAUAUGAAUAGAUCAGAUAAAAUAGAUGAGAAAGAAUGGAUACUAUAUGAAUUUAUUUGUAGGUAUUUUUUAGCUGUUUGCAGUGAUAAUGCGAUCGGAUUUAAUAGUAAGGUUAUUGCAAGAAUUGGAGAAGAGCAAUUUUUUUGCAAAGGACUAAAAAUAAUAAAGAAAAAUUAUCUAGAAAUUUAUAUAUAUGAGAAAUGGAAUGACAAAAUUAUACCUACAUUUCAUGUUAAUGAUGAAUUUUUUCCAUAUAGUUUGUUAAUAGAAGAAGGUAUAACUCAGCCACCGAAUUUGUUAUCAGAAUCAAAUUUAUUAUCAUUAAUGGACAAAUUCAAAAUAGGAACAGAUGCAACAAUGCAUGAACAUAUAGAAAAUAUUCAGAAGAGAAAUUAUGUAACUAAAAAUUCGAAAUCUCUUUUUAUACCAACUAAUUUAGGUAUUGCAUUAAUUUUGUCUUAUAAAAAAUUUAAAGAUAUAGGAGUAGAUUUAACAGAACCCUCCUUAAGAGCUAAAAUGGAAAAGGAUAUGUCAUUAGUUGCCUCUGGCACAAAGGAGAAAAAUGAAAUUAUAAGAAAUUAUAUUGAUAUAAUGAAAUACAUAUAUCAAGAAAUAUAUAACAGAAUAGAAUUAUUAGAUAAAAGUAUACACUAUUAUUUAAAGAAUGCAGAAAUUAUUUAUUGA